AUGCAGGACGCGGAGAACGUGGCGGCGCCCGGAGCGGCUGAGGAGCGGGCCGAGCCGGGGCCUCAGCAACCCGCAGCCGAGCCGCCGCCCGAGGAGGAGGCGCCGCGGCCCGCGCGGCCCGGGUUUCCGGAGGCGGCGGACGCGGUGACUGAGGCCCAGAAGGAGACGGCGGCGGCGGCUGAGCCCCAGGUUGACGCUAGGGCAGAGCCGGAGGCCGCCGAGGAGGAGAGAACGGCUGUCCCCGGCACCUCGUCGGGCUCGUCCCGGUCGUCCUCGCCGCCCCCGGAGGAGAAGCCCGAGCUCCCCGCCCCGACCCCAGCUCGGGAGGAACCCCGCUCCGAGGCCCUGCCUCCGGCGGCGUCCACUGAAGCGGGCGAGAACGAAUGCGACGCGGCGGAGGGCGGGCGGCGCCCGGUGGAGAAUGGCGACGCUGACGACCCUUCCUUCAGCGACCCCGAGGAUUUCGUGGACGACGUGAGCGAAGAAGAGUUGCUGGGAGAUGUUCUCAGAGAUCGUCCACAGGAGGCGGAUGGAAUCGAUUCGGUGAUUGUGGUGGACAACGUUCCCCAGGUGGGACCUGACCGUCUUGAGAAGCUGAAAAAUGUCAUCUAUAAGAUCUUUUCCAAGUUUGGGAAAAUCACAAACGACUAUUAUCCAGAAGAGGAUGGAAAGACAAAGGGCUAUAUUUUCCUGGAGUACGCAUCUCCUGCCCACGCCUUGGAUGCUGUGAAGAACGCUGACGGCUACAAACUUGACAAGCAGCACACCUUCAGGGUCAACCUCUUCACUGAUUUUGACAAGUACAUGACUAUCAGUGAUGAGUGGGAUAUUCCAGAGAAACAGCCUUUCAAAGACCUGGGCAAUUUGCGUUACUGGCUUGAAGAGGCUGAGUGCCGAGACCAGUAUAGCGUGAUUUUUGAGAGUGGAGACCGUACCUCCAUAUUUUGGAACGACGUGAAGGAUCCUGUCUCAAUUGAAGAAAGAGCGAGAUGGACGGAGACAUAUGUGCGCUGGUCUCCUAGGGGAACCUACCUGGCUACCUUCCACCAGAGAGGCAUUGCGCUUUGGGGUGGAGAGAAGUUCAAACAGAUCCAGCGAUUCAGCCACCAAGGUGUCCAGCUCAUUGACUUCUCGCCCUGUGAGAGGUACCUGGUGACGUUCAGCCCCCUGAUGGACACGCAGGAAGACCCUCAGGCCAUCAUCAUCUGGGACAUCCUGACCGGCCACAAGAAAAGGGGUUUCCAUUGUGAAAGCUCUGCCCACUGGCCGAUUUUCAAGUGGAGCCAUGAUGGCAAAUUUUUUGCCAGAAUGACACUUGACACCCUAAGCAUCUAUGAAACUCCUUCUAUGGGUCUGUUGGACAAGAAGAGUUUAAAGAUCUCUGGAAUAAAAGACUUCUCUUGGUCUCCUGGUGGCAAUAUCAUCGCCUUCUGGGUGCCCGAAGACAAGGAUAUUCCGGCCAGGGUUACCCUGAUGCAGCUUCCUACCCGACAAGAGAUCAGAGUCAGGAAUCUGUUCAACGUGGUGGAUUGCAAGCUGCAUUGGCAAAAGAAUGGCGAUUACUUGUGUGUUAAAGUAGAUAGGACUCCAAAGGGUACCCAGGGUGUUGUCACAAAUUUUGAAAUUUUCCGAAUGAGGGAAAAACAGGUACCUGUCGAUGUGGUAGAAAUGAAAGAGACCAUCAUCGCCUUUGCCUGGGAGCCAAAUGGCAGUAAGUUCGCUGUGCUCCAUGGAGAGGCGCCCCGGAUAUCAGUAUCUUUCUACCACGUCAAAAGCAAUGGAAAGAUUGAGCUUAUCAAGAUGUUUGAUAAGCAGCAGGCAAAUACUAUCUUCUGGAGUCCACAAGGACAGUUUGUGGUACUGGCUGGUCUGAGGAGUAUGAAUGGUGCCUUAGCAUUUGUCGAUACGUCUGACUGCACGGUGAUGAACAUAGCGGAACACUACAUGGCCUCCGACGUUGAGUGGGACCCAACGGGACGCUAUGUCAUAACAUCCGUUUCCUGGUGGAGCCACAAGGUGGAUAAUGCCUACUGGCUGUGGACUUUCCAAGGACGUCUUCUGCAGAAGAACAACAAAGAUCGUUUCUGCCAGCUGCUGUGGCGACCUCGGCCACCAACACUCCUCAGCCAGGAUCAGAUAAAGCAAAUUAAAAAGGACCUGAAGAAGUACUCCAAGAUCUUUGAGCAGAAGGAUCGUUUGAGCCAAUCCAAAGCCUCAAAGGAACUGGUGGAGAGAAGGCGAACCAUGAUGGAAGAUUUCCGGAAAUACCGGAAAAUGGCCCAGGAGCUCUACAUGGAGCAGAAAAACGAACGCCUGGAAUUACGAGGAGGUGUGGACACAGAUGAACUAGACAGUAAUGUUGAUGACUGGGAAGAAGAGACCAUUGAGUUCUUUGUCACUGAAGAAAUUAUUCCCCUGGGCAAUCAGGAGUGA